AUGUCAGAAAUAUUCUUGGAUAAUGUUCCAAGAGAACUGCGAGAAAAGGUCCUCAAUAUCACCAAUGCAAACCCAUCUACCCUUGGCAUCUUUGAAGAGCUGUACAACUACGCCAAGAAUAACCCAGAGAACCGCAAGAAGUCUAGAAGCGACAUUCUGGGAUCAGAAGUUGCAGAAGAAUCAAUUAUUUUUCAGUUGAAAGAUGUCUCGGUUUUGACGCCGUUUCGCAAAAAGCUCAACUUGGUGUUCUCUAUUUCGCCAACAACCGGGCGGCCAACUUUGUCAUUGUCCAAGGAUAUGGCUCCACAACUGACUUUAACAGAACUUGGCCGCAGUAUAAAGUUUGCCACAUUUCUGCCGUUUCCAGAGAAGACCAACGUGAUAUACCUCUUCAUUAGUUACAGCGGACCGGGGCAAGAUCCAAGUGUCCGGGAGGUACUUCUAUUAACACUUAAUAAAGACGCUACAUUGCUUCAGCUGAAGAAUUCAGGUCUGUUAGCAAGUGGACUUGAUGAUUUUGCUCACUGUGUUGAAUAUAUUAGGAAACAGGCCAUACUGGUAGGUUUUCGCAUAUCCGAUCCAUUUUCUGCUGCUAAUGCAGGGCCAAGGCCAUUUUACGUCGAAGCUCACCGUGGUACUAAGGAGGGCACACUUUAUUUCUUGCCUGACCACGUCAUUUUCGGGUUCAAAAAGCCCAUAUUGAUGUUCUCAUCUCAAGAGAUUGAGUCGAUCACUUAUUCGUCGAUCACUAGACUGACCUUCAACGUCACCUUAACCACCAAAGACGGAGAGAAGUUCGAGUUCUCCAUGAUUGAUCAGAAUGAGUACACUUUGAUCGACGAUUAUGUCAAGAGGAAACAAGUUAUCGAUAAUUCUAUGAGCGAGGAGAACAAAGCCAAAACAGCACAUAAGGACAUGAACUCCGCAGAGCAGUCCUCUUUAUUGGCCGAAGCUGCGCAACAAAUUGAAGACGAAGGCAAUAUUAAUGACAUUCCCUUGGAGUCGGAUGAUGAGGAAGCUGACAACGAUUUUGAAGCAGAUAGUAAUGCAUCUGAUGGCAGUGAUACGGGGUCCAAUUCGGAUGAUGAUAACCAGGAUGAAGAAGAUGAAGAAGACGAAGGAGUUGAAGAAGAUAUAGAAGAUGAAGAAGAUGGAGGUGAUCUUUACAAUGAGGAGCAACACAAUGCACAAUUGCCUAACGACGGUCAAGAUUCUUGGGGCGGAGGUGUCGCUCUUGGUGACCAAUUUAACGGUGGCAAUGUGAACGAUAAUCAAUUUGGGCUACAUAACUCACUUGACAACGCCUUUGGCGGCAGCGAUUUCAACCCCCUCGCCCACGAUGCUUCAUUAACUGUGGAAAAGAAUGUUAUUGACGACGAAGAAGAUUCCGGAGUCGAGUAUGAUUGA